UUAACAUUAAAAAUUAUUUCAAUUGUUUUGAUAGCUACUUUGAUAACUUAUUAUAUUGUAAAUUAUUGGAAAACUCAAAGGAUUCGUCAGUUGGCAUCUAAACUCCCAGGACAUAAUGGACUGUCAUUAUUGUCAUCCAUUUAUAUUUUAUUUAUAACAAAACGGAAGGACUAUGUUUCGACUAUAUUAAGCUAUGUCAUGGAAGAUUUUCCAAUGACUAAAAUUUGGUUCCUUAAUAAACUUUUGAUAAUCACAAAGGACGCAGAUUUUAUCCAAAAAGUCUUUAAUUCCCACAAAACUUACGACAAACCAAAAGAAUUUUAUCAAGGAUUUUUGGUUGAAAAAGGCUUAAUUGUCAUGUCUGGUGCUGAACACAAAAGGCAUAGAAAAAUUCUCAACAAAGCGUUUUCAUCAAAAAUGUUGGAACUACUUCCGGAAAUAUUUGAUGAAAAAUCAAAGAAAAUUUUGAAUUUAAUGGAAGAUCGCGUGGAUUGUGCUGAAUUUGAACUGACUGACUACAUUGGUGCUUAUUCUUUUGAGGCAUUUGGAAAGAGCAAUUACAAUUAUGAAGUGGAUUAUUAUCAAAGUGAAAUAUUUCGUGCAUAUGAAGGCUACUGUUCCUUAAUGAUUGACACUUUACCAUUCUUACUGGUUGGAUUUCCUCGGAAAUUCCUGAAUUUAAUGAAAUUGGGAAAAAGUUUGAUUGAAGUUGAGAAGAAAUUUGACCGAUUUUUUGACGAGGUUUGCAACACAAACGAUAAAGCUUUAAAUAGAGUUGUAAACACAGUUGUUGAUCUCCUUUUGGAUCCAAGUAAUAAAUUUGAUGAACAGGAGAUUAAAGAGGAAUUGAUUAUGACUUUGUUGGGGGCUUUUGAGACAACAACAAGAACAAUAUCAACAGCUCUGAUGAUGCUCGGUAUGCACAAGGAUGUCCAACAAAAGGGAGUUAAUGAAAUUGAUGAAAUUUAUAGUCAAGAUGAUAACCAAGAAUUUACAAUCGACUUUCUCCAAAAAUUCACAUACUUAGAACUGAUCUUAAAGGAGACAAUGAGAUUAUUUGCUGUAGCUCCAAUCGUGGCUCGAGAAACAUCUGAAGAAGUCAACAUCAAUGGCUUCUUGCUUCCCAAAAAUUCAACUAUUCUGAUUUCAAUCCAUGCGAUGCACAGAGACAAGAAAUAUUGGGGGAGUGAUGCAGAUAAAUUCAAACCAGAGCGUUUUGAGGAUGGAAUGAGUAAUCCACUUGCUUGGGCACCAUUUACUGGUGGAAGUCGCAUCUGCAUUGGUUAUCGGUAUGCAAUGAUGUCAAUGAAAAUAUUCCUGAUAAACUUUCUACGUAAAUACCAAGUGGAUUGUUCUUCAAAAUUGAAAGAUGUGGAAACUGAAAUGACAUUUACAUUGAACUUUUUGAAUGGAUACCAUGUCAGUAUAACAAGAAAGUAA